UCUAGCUAUGUACGUCAAACGCAAUUUCCUGUUCAAUACACUCGCGUACCCUUCCGGUUCCAGGGUUAGCAGCAGAGCAGUUAAGAUGUUGAUGCCCAAGAAGAAUCGCAUUGCCAUCUAUGAGCUCCUCUUCAAGGAGGGUGUGAUGGUGGCCAAGAAGGACGUGCAUCUGGCCAAGCACCCAGAACUGGCAGAAAAGAAUGUGCCUAAUCUGCACGUCAUGAAAGCCAUGCAGACUCUGAAGUCCUGCGGGUACGUCAAGGAGCAGUUUGCCUGGCGCCACUUCUACUGGUACCUCACCAACGAGGGCAUCCAGUACCUGAGGGACUUCCUGCACCUGCCACCCGAAAUUGUGCCCGCCACCCUGCGCCGCCAAACCCGUCCAGAGACGGCAAGACCCAGACCCAAAGGCAUGGAGGGGGACAGGCCGGCUCGCAUGCCCCGUGGAGAAGCGGACAGAGAUACUUACAGGCGCUCCGCUGCACCAGGUGGUGGUGACAAGAAGGCUGAAGCGGGCGCUGGGGCGGCCACAGAAUUCCAGUUUAGGGGUGGCUUUGGACGUGGACGAGGACAGCAGCCUCAGUAAAUCAGUUCAGCACUCUUCUGUGCCGCUUUGUUUUUGUAUAAUAAAGUUACAUAAACCACA